UUAAAAAUCUUUUCUUUAUUCCGGCAGAACAAAAGCUGAUUCCCAAUCAAGAUGGGCCAGAUAGCAGGAACACUCACUACUCGCGAUGUUGGCCUGCAAAUGAACGAUAAAGCUACUUUCGAUCCUCAUGCAGGAUUUGAGGGAAAACGAAAACGAAGAGAAAUGAUAGCCAAGGAGGACGACCUUAUCUCAGCUCGUAUCCCGCCUGAGAAGCGCGACUACUGCGCUCAUUUCUUGCUUGACUACCAAGUUUGUCGCUAUAAGAACAUGCCAAUGAUCUAUAAAUGCGCUCAUGAGAAGCAUAAUUACUUGAACUGCGAACAACAAGAUUACGUCCUCCGAAUGAAAGAAUUUGAGCGGGAGCGACGUCUGCGGCUAAGAGAUAACCGCAUUGUUGGUGCUGCUGCUUAACUGUUAUAAAUAUAGAAUUCAAUUUGUUAUACAUAUAAUUUACUGUAAAUAAAUAAAUAGAUCAAUA